CAGCACGAAAUUAAACAUUAGAUAGCGAUGGAAACGAUUUAUCCGUUUUUAUCCGUCGAGUUUUGCAGUGUUAAAAACGCUUUUUCCACAGUCGUUGUGUGCUAGUGUUGGAAAAGAAUUAAUCGUGUUUUGUGUCGUGUUGCAUUGGCAACACAAAUCGAUGCUUUCGCAUCUCUAGCAUAUCAUGACAGAGUCAGAAUUUUUUAUGUGCUCAAUCGAAGAAAUUAAAAAGUUGUGAAAAGUGAAAAAAAAGAUUUGGUAGCUAAAAAAACAAAAAAUUUCUUUGCUCAGAUUAAUUUUAUUCUGCGUUACUCUAUUUGGCUAUCAACUUUAAUAUAAUUAGUCAAAUUGACAAGCCUUAACAAUGGCUCCUUCGCAUGGUCAAUACACAAAUAAGAUACACUAUAUAAAAAAAAAGAUACUCGAAGAGCUGACAAAGAAGCAAUAUGCACAAGUUUUCAUGCGACCCAUGAACGAGCGCGACCCGGACUAUCAGCUAAUCAAAAGGCACAUGGACCUGGGCACAAUCAUCACUCGGGUGCAGAAUCGACUCUAUCGAAAUGCAAAUGAAGCAAUAGUGGAUCUGAGGCUUGUCUAUCAGAAUUGGAUAGCGUUAAAGACGCCAAAUACAGCCCUUUGCCGCCCUGGCAAUCAAUUGCAGAAAUUCGUGGAAAACAAGCUGGGGCAAAUGCCAUGUGGCGCUGAGUUUGAGCUCAAUAAGGAUCCCAGGAUGACGGUCAAGUCCAUCCAGGAUUUUCCCUGGCUGCAGAUAAAUAGUACAGAGCCAAUGACACAUCAUCCAACAUUUAAUCCAAAUAAAAAAGAGACUGUAAAUGAGAAAAUUGUUCCUGCGCGUGGGAAAGCUGUGCCUGUGGCUGUGAAAAGAGAACCUGUGGUUGUGAAAAGAGAGCCUGUGGCUGUGAAAACUGUGCCUGGGCGUGUGAAAAAAGAGCCUGUGGCUGUGAAAAUUGUUCCUGCGCGUGGAAAAGCUGUGCCUGUGGCUGUGAAAGGAGAACCUGUGGCUUUGAAACAUGUUCCUAUGCGUAUAAAAAUCGAGCCUGUGGAUGAGGUUGAAUAUAUAACAGAGCCCAUAGAUAAUCCAAUGCUGCCCAUGGAGCCUGUCCGGGCUUCUGUGAUAACAGAGCCUGUCCAUGAUCACCCAAUGCCAGUGCAAGCAGAGCCUAUGGAACCCAACUGGAUGAAUGUGAUCGAGCCUGUGGAUGAUCCUAUAGAUCUUGAAGCAGAGCCCAAUGAAGAGGAUGAAUCAUUGCGUACAAUCACCAAAAUCCUGGGCAAAGAGCAGCUGAAUUACUACCUUCAGGCACCGGAACAACCCAUCGAUGAUGCUGAUCCUGAUGACACCAGCACAGCGCAAUUUGAAGACAACUGCAAGAUGUGGGACAGAGGCGUCGAUGAUUUGACAUCGUAUGAGCUACAGAUUGUCAUGCAUAUAGUGGUGCAAAAUAAUAUGCCAGCCACUAUUAAGAACGGCAAAGUGGAAUUUAACAUAACGAAAUUCUCCCCCCAAGUUAUAUCCCUGAUAAAGGAGGCUCUGUUUCUGAGCAGGCGCAGCCAGCAGUUUCAAUUGCCGCAAUUAAUGACUGCCGAUGACCAGAAGCUCAUGACGGACAGCCUGCAAACGCAGUUGGGCGAAAUCACAGCGAAAUUGUCAUCAAAACGGACGGGCGCUAAAAGGAGCCAUCCCAUUAACACUGAAAAUCAGCAAAUGGAAUUCUCCGGUCCAGCGGCAUUGGCCAAGAUGGCAUGUCUAUCCGAUGACGAGGAGGAGAGGGAGGAGGAGGAACCCACUAAAAAAAAGAAGAAAACUCAUCACCAUAAACAUCAUAAAAGAUCGAAGAAAGAGCGGGAAGUCAAAGUCGAAAGCCCAGUAAAAAUAUCCCAUAAAAUAUUCAAAAUUAAUUCAAAUCAAGACUAAGAAUCGUGAAGGUAAUGAACAAAGUUCUCCAUCAACCACAAGUCAGAAAAUAAAUUCAAGUUAAGAGUUCACAAAAAAACAGAGGAGGUAAAACCAUAUCUUGUCGGAAAAACGCCCAACGUUUAGACAAACUAGGAAGUUUGUAA